ACGAGCAGGGUGGAUUAAUUCUGCGCCAUGAAUGACAGGUACCACAAGGCGGCCCGGGACGGCUACCUGGACCUGCUGAAGGAGGCGACUCGGAAGGACCUGAACGCGCCGGAUGAGGAUGGCAUGACACCGACGUUAUGGGCUGCUUAUCACGGCAACCUGGAGGCUCUGCGGCUCAUCGUGGCGAGGGGAGGAGACCCUGACAAGUGUGACAUAUGGGGGAACACGCCACUCCACCUGGCAGCUGCCAAUGGUCACCACAACUGCCUCUUCUUCCUGGUGUCUUUCGGUGCCAACAUAUGGUGCCUGGACAACGACUACCACACCCCGUUGGACAUGGCCGCCACAAAGAAUCACAUGGACUGCGUCCGCUACCUGGAUUCCAUCGCCGCCAAGCAGACAGCCCUCAACACGAAGCUGGUCAGCAAGCUCAAGGACCGGGCGUUUCGCGAAGCUGAGCGGCGGAUCAAAGAGUGCGUGAAGAUGCAGAAGAAACACCACAAACGCAUGGAGAGGAAGUUCCAUAAGGACGCCUCUGAGGCGUCUGCGUCCGACGUCAUGAGCUUUUCCAGCUACACCAGCAGCUCUCUUAGCCACAAGCUGCGCAACUUAAAUGCAGCCACCGUCAGUGUGCCAUAUUCUCAGGCUACCCUUCAUGCCACGAACCGAGGGAAGACAAAGAUUCAGAAGAAGCUCGAGAAGAGGAAGCAAGGAGACGGGACCUUUAAAAUCUACGAGGAUGGGAGGAAGAGUGUCCGCUCCCUGUCUGGCCUCCAGCUGGGCAACGAUGUCAUGUUUGUCAAACAGGGGACUUACGUCAACCCGAAGGACCGCGGCCGCCGAAACAUUCGCGACAUGUUCCCCACAGACAAUUACGAUGUCAUUUCACGUGCCAUGAGCGAGCCGGACCUCCACGGGCCCGAUGUGGACUACUCUGAGAUCAGCACCGAUUCAGGACAUGAUUCUCUGUUCAACCGGCCCGGUCUUGGCACCAUGGUUUUUAGGAGGAACUAUGUGAGUGGGGGGAUGUUUGACCUCGGUGCUCGGGAUGAGGCCAGCGUGGACCGGUCAGGCAAUAACGUGCGUUUGCGCAGUCGGCUGCGGCAAUACCCGAGUCUAGACGAAGACAGCAUCGGCAGUGCACGCAGCCUGCAGGAGAGGAACGUGGAUGAGCUGCCGUGGGAGGAAGUCGAAUUAGGGCUGGACGAUGACGACGAGCCGGACACGAGCCCUCUGGAGGUCUUCCUCGCCACACAGAGCAUGAGCGAGUUUUUCUCCAUCUUCAAGAGGGAGAAGAUCGACCUUGAGGCACUGUUGCUGUGCUCUGACCACGACCUUAAGAGCAUCCAUAUCCCCUUAGGACCAAGGAAGAAGAUCUUAGAUGCCUGUAAGAGACGGCUGGAGACCAUAGAGGAUCCGGACUGCAUCGAGGACUCAGAACUAUAAUAGAAGUCGUUGUAGCCGAGCCCCCCCUGCCGUGUGUUCAUCCAGCCUUAAAGGUCAGCGGAGCAUUGUGGAGUGAAUGUCAUGUACAGACAGCGAGGACUUAAUGAUUUACCUCUCCUGGUACCUCAGUGGCAACAAAGCAGAAAGGACACUGUCAAGAUGAAUAUGUCAAGCAAGGAGAGUCGCGCGAGAUAAAUUCAUAACAGGAUUCUUUUACAGAGUCUCGUUAGCCUCAGGAGGAUGGUUGAAAAUAACUCUGCGCUCUGGUUGGUCUGAGUCUGCUGUGCUGCAUGGUUUAACAAACUGAAAGUCGGUUAUCAGUGUGCAUUGCGGUGCAAUGUCAUUGCAUGUCAUGUGACAUAGUUAACAGAGAGCUGAUUGUGAUUUAUGUGUCCCCUGAGCGUGUUUUGCCCCUGUGGGGUAAAUCCUCCCACCUCAUGUGCCUGCAUUGCUUGUGCCUGUGCAUUUGCUUAAAAGACUCUUCUUGUCAUCUUUGACACUAACUUCAUAUUAACUUCAUUAUAAACUGGAUCGAUUACUGUUUCCUUACUCAUAUUUGAUCUCUGUACAUGUUUACAUACAGCAAACCACGUCAGUCCAAGUGUGGCUUACUGGCAAUGCAGGCCAACUCUGUCAUUGAGAUUACUGUUUUGAUUUACUGUAGUAUCGUAAACCAUGUGAAAACACAGUAUCUUUAGAUAAUAAUUUAUGAUAUAUAUAUAUAUACAAUAGUUCUGCAUUUUGCACGUUCAGUCAUUUCACUAGGAGAAUUAUAGACCUUUAUAUAUCACACAUGUCAGUCUUGACAAUA